GGCCGCCAUGUGCAGGGGCAGCGAGCAGCAGUGGUGGCAGCGGCAGCGGCGCAGCGCCGGCGUCGACGCGGCUCUGCUGCUGCGAGCGGCGGAGGCCGCCGUCAGGCAGCCAAUGAAAUCUCUGCUACCUCGGCCACUGGCGACCUCUGCCCGCGUGAACCUGAACCUGCACUGGGAUGACCUGGAGCAGGUGAUGGGGGCCGGCGAUGGCCGCCCGCGCGACGCCGUCACCGACAACCUGCACUGCGAGUGGCUGGAGGAACAGAUGAAGGUCGACGACGCUGUCAGCCCAACCCACGACCUGUCUUCAGAGGCACAGAACGACUAACAAUGUGAUCACUUCUAUAGAAACACCCAGCGGUGCUAUGCUGGCGUGCGACUUUAUGUCUAAAUGUUGAGCAUUUUUCUGUGCUUUUCAUUACUGCUAUGUUCUUUACUUCUUAAGACUACUCGAAUCCAGUUCAAACUGAUUAAGCUUUAGGGUGCUGCAAAAGUAGCCAGACAAUAACAGAAUGUUUCGAAUGGAUUUCAAAAUGAUACAUUUUUAUUCUUUUUAUUACUGAAUUCGGCCGUGCAGCCAAACAAAUUCCACUUCUAUUAAUAUCUCGGCCGCGUAUCUUACGAUUAUGAUUUCCUUCAGAUUUUCGCGUCUAUUUUAGUUAGUUUACUGCCACGAGCAUAAAAUAAGUGGAAUCUACUGAGAUGGAAUCUCAUACCCUUUACCAGAGCAUGUUAAGUUAUACAGAUGAGGUAAGAAGAAAAGUGUGUGGCGAGAUGCUAUCAAAGCCUGGAUGUUUUUUUUCUGAAUAUCGUCUCAGUCAGCAUAAUGUCCACAAGCAGAAACUUAGUCUUUCGCCAAUAACAAAUCAGCGGUGAUAAAAUCGGCUGAUCUCAGUUGUCUUUCCGUGAUCGUUGACGGUCUAAUUUCUUGGAAUGCCCUAUGGCGAGUAGGAGGUAAGAAAUAAAAGGGAAAGGAAAUAUAUUUCGUAACAAAACAAAGCAACAUGCAGCCUCUGUUUGACAUCCUUGUCUCGAUGGUAACUGUACACAUUGCACAACAUCUAUCAACUAUGACGAAUGUUCACAGGAUAAAAAGAUUGUCGACGAGAAUUGUGCGCAGUUUAACAUCUGUAACAUUAAAAUCAAGAGGAUUACUGUACAGUGUAGUGCUAGAAUUUUCUAAGCAGUGAAGCUGAUGUUUGCUCUUGUGAAACGUUGCGCCACAUUCAUUUGCAAUAUUUCCACAGCAUCUCGAAGAUUUAACAAUCUAAGAUGGUUCCUUUGUAAAGGACGCAUACAAGUAUUUCUCCAUCAUUUCCUAAUCCGAGAUCGCACCUAAUCGCUGACGACGUCAACAUUCCGACGCUAAUCUCCAUUCCUUCGUUUCCUACAUUUAAAGCGAUGGUGCAUUCAAGCAAAAUAAGCCAUACGCUCGUAGAGCGAAGAUUGUCCAAAUGGGUCCGAUGAGCGUCAACUUAGAGACCCAGGUCAGUACUGUCUGCAGGUUUUAGUGUUGACACUGUCGUGAAAAUAAAUGAUAUAGGAUGUAUUAUUGUUCUUCAAUGCCUUUGUAAUAUGUUAGACAUCAUAACUGAGUACCUGAUUAUUUUAUUGUAGUUAAGGUUUUCUAAUCUCUUAAUUUAGUUGUAGUUCUACCACAGUCUUUCAUUUGUUGCUUAUGGUUAUGUCUCGAGCAGCUGAAAAUAAAUUUGCUUGGUGACUGACGAACUAUGAGGUAUCUGUGAUAUAGUACUUGCAUAAGUGCCUACAUGUAAUUUUAAAUGUAUUCUUUAAUGAUAUCUAGUAGCUCAAUAUUGAAAGUCGCAUCUCGUAGCUUGCUUUAGUUGUAUUUGCAGGUGCAUUAACUGAAACAGUCAGUAAUUAAAUGAGUUUAAAGUAUCAAUUAGUGAAACAACCAUUUUUCUCAGUAUGAAUAUUAGAGAUCAGGCUCUAAAAAUAAAAAAAUACUGUGUAUUCUGUAAUUAAUAUUUCUGUUACAUCACAGAAAAGUUAUUCUCUAAGUUGUUGUUUGAUGUGUAACAGAUUAAUUUUAGAGUGUUUAAAAACGAUACAUAAAACAAUCCAACUGAAGUUUGUAAUAUUCAACAAUUCUUUUACAUAGUUUCACUAGUGCUAAAAUUUUUGUCAAUGAUGAAAUAUUUGAAACUUUACUACUACUAUAUUUUGACACUAGAUUUAUACACAGAAGUGAUGGUUUUAAGUUGACUGUGAUAUUUUAUUGCCAUCAAAACUGCAUAAAAUAUUACUUAAAGAGAACUGUGAGACAGUUUAUAUAACAUGCUGAAACGUAACUUAAUAUCAGUCUAUAAUUCAAGAAAUCGUAGUCAGAAAUGUCCUGAUGGCUUCGCAUCUGCAAUUCAAAUACUUCAAUGAACUGCAACACAGGCAAUGGCCAGUUAUUAUACGUAUUAUUUCCAGUAAUAUUCUGUUCAGCCACGUUGGCUGGAAUUUUUCAUUGUGACUGUGUGAUAUCUGUUAAAUAAUUAUGUAAGAAUUCGUCUUCCAAAGACUUAGAAAUGGAUGUGUUCCAAGAACUUGAUUCUAUUUGAUAAUUUCAUGCAGAUAAUCUUGCUGUUGCCUGUGUGGAUAUGUCUCUGCUUACCCUUUUGCCCUUUGGCCCACUGAAAUCUUUCUUCCUCUUCCCAAACAAUGCAGUUAUAUUCAUAGUUGAUGUUAGUAGGGUAUCUUUAAUAGUAAACAUAAAAUUUAAGUAUCAUACAGCUUUCAAAAAUAUUCCAUUGUAGAGAGAUGGUAAAUAUAGAUGAUGUACUAUGGGUGUAGUCUGAAGCCUUCAUUUGUAGUAGAAUGAUCUGAAGAUAAUUUCCUUCAUCUUUCUGGUUUCCUGUGAGAGACAUUAUGGAGGCUGAAGAAUUUGUAUUCACUACAAAGAGUUUCUCAGUUUUAUACUUCAUUAUGAGGAGACUCAUAUUUUAGUAUGUAUCUCAGUGUUUAUGUCUUGGCACAACAGACUGCAGCUAACCGUUCUGCCAUGUGCUAUGUUGUAAUAAAUGUUUAAAUUAUGUAUUUUGAUGAGCUUUAAAACGCUACAAUGACAAAUAAAAAUAGUGUACAGUUCAAAAUAAAGUUUAUUAAGAAAUA